AUCUUCUAGAGGAAUUUUGAGUCGUCCAGUUAUGUUCGGCCUGUGUGGUUAACUCGUUAACAAAUGAGGCCUUAAACUCUUGAGCAAGGCCGGUCUAGGUUAGGUUAGGUUUGUAUAAUAUUAUAUAUAUAAUCGGCGAUCGGAUCAUCUCUGUCUUCACAACACACACAGAUUAAAAUUCAUUCUGUUGAGAGUAUGGAGAAACUUGAUGGAUCUGAACCUGAUGAUUUUAGCUUAGCUAUAGUUGAGUGUCUUGAAUCUGUCUAUGAUGGAUUUGAAUCUGAUGAUUAUGUGGCGGUGAAAGAAGAAGGACGAGAAGUAACUGAGUGGCCAGGAUCAUUAAGCAGCUUAUCCAUUGCAUCAGAUCAGUACAUCAAUGCAAGAUGCGAGCCUGUUAUCGAGAUAUUAGAUGCUAAAAUUUAUACACAUGACAAUGUAAGCCUUGAUGUUUAUGGUGAUAUCAGAAUUUUUGAUUUGAAAGAAGGCAGCACCAAUGAUUUCAUAGUUUAUGAGCGAGAUCUAUUUGAUUCUCCCCAACACAUUAGCCCUCUUAACAGAUUCUUACAAUUAUCAAGUCCCGGAGAAAUCCCCUUUUAUGAUGACCCUCACCUGGCUGUUGAUAUAAAAAAUGUCCGCAAUGAUGCUGUUAUUGCUUGUGGUCAAAAGCCUUUAUUCAAAACAACCCAUCACCCCUUCAAAUCUGGUGAUUUUGAAAACUUAUAUACCCUUCAAUUUCAAGGCGAUGCAGGUGCUUUUGUUGAAGUACAGUGUCUUGCUUUUACAUUUGGGGUAUAUGCUGAAGUGGAAAUAGUUCUGUUAAGAGAUAGUGUUGAAGAUGAAGGGGAGGAGGAUGGAAAAGGGGUUGAAGUCUUCGGUCUGAUUUGUGCCAAGUGUGACCCACUGAUUCUACCUAAAAACUGCUACACUAAUAAUCUGUUUAACGUGAUUCAAGAGGAGAGGGAAUGGGUUGCGUUGGGAACUGAAAUCGGGUUGUCCAAAAGCCUUUUGCCUGUGCCAGCAUAUUCACCACUUGAAAUCUCACUUGACUUGAGAGGGAAUGAUGGAAUAAUCGUUAACGGUACUGCAUCUUUUGAAGCUUCUAAUUAUAGUGGAAAGAAGUACAUUCGAGGACUAAAUGGAUUCUAUGUGUGGGUGCAUGUUGACUGGUGCGAACCAUCACUACUAACCAGGCUUAGCUGUAACGAAGACAGAAUUGAUGGCUUUUGUUCUGUGCCUCACUGGCCUAGCUUAUAUGCUUCACAACUUUUAGAGGUGUUCUCAUUGUUUAUCUCCCGGCCAAAUGAGGAGGAGGUGAAUUUAUAUGGGUCUGUUAACAUUUUGGAUUCGAGGGGCUGGUGCAGUAUCUUCAGUUGUAGUAAGAAAGAGGCAUAUUGCUUAUCGCGGGGUUCCAAUUUCUUACCUGUGCGAGGGCCAACACGAGCUAUUACACCAGGGUAUUUUUUUUCCAUGGAAAUUGAUCUCAGGGACGUUGAUGGACAUGUGAACAUCCAAGGAUAUGUCGCAUCAUCUCCUCUAAUUGGUGAACGUCAAAGGCCUUGGUUUGAUAGGCGACUUCGUUCAGUUGUUAAGAGUGUCAACGAGAAGAGUUUUGCUGCUGUUAAUUAUACCUUGUUCUCGUUUGCUGUUCUGGCAAUUAUUGAAGUCCGUCUCGUAUUUCAUCGCGGAUCUUUUGCUCAUGUCAAAAUUUAUGGUGACAUUACUGCCUCCCUUGGAAAGCUUUUGUACUCGACAACUUAUGAUGUAGAGUUCUUUCAAAGGGUACUGUUUACAAGGAAGAAAGAAAACUUUUUAGAAGUGGAGGAUAAUUUAAAACUUUCAACAAAUCACGUAGCGGUGCCAAUGGAUUCCUCCCUGCUUACUAAAGUAAACCUGUCUUUACAAACUAGUGUACACACUCAUCAUCUUGCGGGGCUCGUGAAAUUCCAGAUCGGAGAACCUUGUAAGGUCAUUAAGAGUGAUUUUGUUGACAUUUGUAUUGAUGUCAAAUGGAAAGGUCUUCCAUAUGUUUGACAUGAAUUUUGAUUACAUGAUCUGCUGUUAAAUAUCCUCCUGUGGAUUUCUUGUGAAAUGGCUAUAUUGCUCUUUAAUGAAUCUUAUGUAUAUAUGCAUGUGUUAGACACAAUGAUACUACGGAAGUCACUUGGAUUAGGAUACAGGAUUUGGGCAUUAUGUAUCCCUAAUUUAUUAUGACGAUGAAAUUGUUUUUUCUUCA